AGCAAGGCAAAGCCAGAAAUCAUUAUGGAUGGCAAACUAAAUAGAGUAAAAGUCUAUAUUAUGGUGGAAGAUGAGCAAUGGAAAGACAUGGGAGCAGGACAAAUUUCAUCCAAAUACAUUGAAAGGCUCCAAGGUGUAUGCCUGCUUGUUCACUCAGAAUCAGAUGACUCACUGAUUAUGGAGUGCAAAAUACAUCCUAACGUGCCCUACCACAAACAACAAGGGGAGGUAAUCAUUUGGUCUGAAGCUAAGAAGCACGGUAUGGCAAUACAUUUCCAGGAACCAAAUGAUUGUCAAGAGAUUUGGAAAGAUAUCUGCCAGGUUCAAGGUAAAGAUCCAAGUGUAGAAAUAACACAAGAACUUACUGAUGAUCUGGAAACUUUUGAAGAUCUGCUGCCAAUCUGGAAUUUGAUUCAGAUACCAAACUGUGAACUUCAUACCCUUGAAAAUAUUGCAGAUUUAUUUACUUUUGUCCAUGAAACACCAAGCCGCAAGGAAAGGCUGGCACUGGUAUUGGAAAAAGGAGGUUACCUUAAAAAAUUGCUACAGCUUUUUAACACUUGCGAAAAACUGAAGAACAUGGAAGGCUUACACUAUUUAAAUAACAUCAUUAAAGGAAUACUGUUUCUAGAUGAUUCACGUUUGUUUAAAAUCAUGUUUUCUGAUGAAUUUUUCAUGGAUAUGGUAGGAUGCCUUGAAUAUGACCCUGCUUUGGAUCAGCCAAAGCAGUACAGGGAAUUCUUGACUCAAAAUGCCAAAUUAAAGGAAAUUAUGCCAAUAACACACUCCCAACUUAGGCAAACAAUACAACAGACUUACAGAAUGCAAUAUGUUCAUGAUAUUGUAUUGCCCACAUCUUCCGUAUUUGAAACAAAUCUUUCUGAUCUUACCACUAUGAUUUUCUUCAACAAAGUUGAAAUAAUUACCAUGCUGCAGGAUGAUAAAAAUUUUUUGCUUGAAGUUCUUGCUCAGUUAAAAGAUAAUAGUUCAAGUGAUGAGAGGCGGCAUGAAUUGUUAUUAUUCUUCAAGGAAUUCUGUUCAUUUGCUAAGAUAUUGGAGAAUCAAGAGAAAGAUGAAUUACUGAAAACAUUAAUAAAACUAGGAAUCAUGAGUUCUCUGAAAGUUGCAUUACAUGUGCAUGAUUACCAAAUACAAGUAGCUGCUCUCGAUAUAUUUCCUUAUCUAGUAGAAUAUAAUCCAUGCCUUGUCCGAGAGUAUCUACUGAAUGAAGCUCAGGACAGUGAAGAUAAUGAUGACCUUCUCAUUAAUAUAAUGAUCAAACAAAUGAUCUGUGUUUCUGAUCCUGAAUUUUCACAUGGAAUCAUUUUAACAGCAGUUUUUCGUACCCUUCUUGAUCCAGAAAAUAUGCGUGCCAAUGGAUGUGAAAAAAAGGAAUUUCUCACCUUCUUCUAUACACAUUGCAUGAGUAGCCUCGUAGCACCAAUUUUGUCCACCACAGUAGAAAAUGACAAUGAUAAUAGGGCUAACAUCUGUCCUGAUAGUUAUCAAAAUGCACAAUUGCUUGAAGUAGUUUUAGAAAUACUUACUUUUUGUGUACAAUACCACUCAACAUUUAUAAAGAAUUAUAUUUUGAGUAACAACUUGCUCAGCAGAAUCUUGGUGCUGAUGAGGUCAAAGCACACAUUUCUGAUUUUGUGUGCAGUCCAGUUUAUGAGAAAGAUAAUUGGUCUUAAAGAUGAAAUUUACAAUAUUUACAUAAUUAAGAAAAACCUGUUUGAACCAGUUGUAAAUGCUUUUAUGCAUAAUGGUCAUCGGUAUAAUAUGUUAAAUUCAACUAUUAUUGAGCUAUUUGAAUUUAUAAGAAAAGAAAACAUCAAGUCUCUUAUUGCAAACAUUGUCGAAAACUUUUUUACUGCUUUUGAAUCAAUUGAAUAUGUCCAGACAUUUAAAGGGUUAAAAACUAAAUAUGAAGAUGAGAAGAAGAGAGAAUGUCGAGUAAGAAGAAAUUUACAUAAUAUAAUAUACCAGAAAAUAUAUAGCAGACAUACCAAAGUUAAGGAGGUAAAAGUCAAAGCAGAUAUAUGUUGUAGAGGAAUCACAAAAGAAGUGGCUAUUCUACCAAAGGGAAGAGACUGUCCAAGUCAUUAUGACAUAAUUAUGAAAUUUAAAGAGAGAAAUGAGAGUGAAAAUGUAAUAGAACGUCGAAAAAGAAAAUCAUCUGAAGGUUUUAAAUGUUGUCCAUCUCAUGGUGAUGCUUCUGCUAACAGAAUGGGUAGGUCACACUGUAGCAGUCUUGUUCCCUUAGUGGAUUACCCAUAUGAUACUGAUGGAGAGAGUGAUGAUGAUUCUUACAGUAAUGAUAAAGAGGAAGAUGAAGAUGAAGAACCCCUGAAAAAAAGACCUAAUCUUAGUUCAUAA